CGCUCGCCGGUUCUCCUCACCUGCUCCGGCCCCAACGAUCACGACAGCACGUGCUUAGCUAAGCUUCAACUUCAGCAAAAUCACCACACACGCAUGUCAUUAUAUACGCAACAUGUACACGCAUGUCCAGUCCAGUCCAGGUCACUACGGCUUUACAUCCACACAAUAUCAAGAGGAGCGCUAGGUCCGGCCAUGGCACCGGCGGUGGUGGAGAGGUGGGCGUGGCUCGGAUCGGCGGUGGCGACCGUCAUCUUCCUCUGGUCCGUGGUGCAGAACUACGUGCCCCCCACCUUCCGCCUCUACCUCACCACGUGGGCCGCCAAGCUCGCUGCCUUCUUCAAUCCCUACCUCCAGAUCACCAUUUCCGAGUACGGCGCCGAGCGCUUCCAGCGCAGCGACUUCUUCCUUGCCGUCGAGGCCUACCUCAGCGAUGCCUGCGCCCGCCGCGCGCGCAAGCUCAAGGCUGAGCUCGGCAAGGACAGCAAGAACCUCCGGGUCUCCGUGGACGACCACGAGGAGGUCACUGACGACUUCUCCGGGAUCACCAUCUGGUGGUACGCCUCCAAGAGGCAGUCCAAGGCCAACGUCAUCAGCUUAUACCCCGGCGGGGACGAGAGGCGCUUCUACCGAGUCGUCUUCCAUCAGCGGCACCGCGACCUUGUCGUUGACUCCUACCUUCCUUUCGUACUCGGCGAGGGCCGCGCUGUCACUGUGAAGAACCGCCAACGCCGCCUCUUCACCAACAAUGCUAGUGGUAGUUGGAACCCCUACAAGGGCAAAAGCGUCUGGAGCCAUGUCCCCUUCGAGCACCCCGCCACCUUUGACACGCUCGCCAUGCACCCCGAUGAGAAGGAAGCUGUCAUCGACGACCUCAUGGCCUUCCAGGAGAGCAAGGAAUACUAUGCCAAGGUCGGCAAGGCAUGGAAGCGCGGGUACCUUCUUUACGGACCGCCUGGCACCGGCAAGUCUACCAUGAUCGCCGCCAUGGCCAACUUCCUCGACUAUGACGUCUACGACCUCGAGCUCACGGCGGUCAAGAACAACACCGAGUUACGGAAGCUCUUCAUCGAGACAACGGGCAAGUCCAUCAUCGUCAUAGAGGACAUCGACUGCUCCGUCGACUUCACAGGAAAACGCCGCAAGGACAAGAAGGCCUCAAGCAACAAGGACUCCGACAACGAUGACAAGCCCAAGCUACCGAUAGAGCCAGAGAAGGACGAUGCCACCAAGGUGACGCUCUCGGGCCUGCUUAACUUCAUCGACGGGCUGUGGUCUGCUUGCGGAGGUGAGCGGAUCAUCAUCUUCACCACCAACCACAAGGAGAAGCUGGACCCGGCGCUGAUCCGGCGGGGCAGGAUGGACAAGCACAUCGAGAUGUCCUACUGCCGCUUUGAGGGCUUCAAGGUGCUCGCCAAGAACUACCUAGAUGUCAUUGAGCACGAGCUGUUUGGGGAAGUCCAGCGCCUGCUCGAGGAGACCGACAUGUCGCCCGCUGACGUUGCAGAGAACCUGAUGCCCAUGUCGAAGAAGAAAAAGAGGGACCCGGAUGUGUGCUUGAUAGGCCUAAUCGAGGCGCUCAAGCAGGCCAAGGAGGAAGCGGCGGCGGCCAAGGUGAAGGAGGCAGAGGAGGCUCAAGCGAAGAAAGCCAAGGAGAAAGAGGAGACAGAGGUGAAGAAAGGCAAAGACAAAGACAAAGCACCCGAGGCAGCCAAUGGGGAUAUUAAGCAAGGUGACAAGUGAAGUGACAUCACAACAGGAAGCCAAAGAAAAAGAAUGAGCUUGUUCACUAGUGCUCCCUUACAAAACAAAAAUGCAGUGUUUGGUGAGAGAAAAAUAAUGCACCUCUCAACUGAAACAAUAUUUCUUUCUUCUCUCACUUGUAAUGCUGCUGCAUAUAAAGCGUGCAACAAUACAAAAUGCUACAGUAACAAGAACCACACGCUUUUCAUACACCAAAAGGCCAACAAGUUUUUUUCAGGGAAUUAAAAAAUAAACAUGGUAUCAUGCAGGCUUCAUUACCAUUUCACCAACACAAUGUCGCCACUACGCAUGACAGUGACAAUACGCAAUUAGCAAUCGAAUUUCUCCUGCUCCUAGAGUUAAUUAAGCAACCCAAAUCUGAAUUGGCCCGUUCAUUAAUUAAUUAACUAAUUAAGCAACCCAAUUCUGCAUUCCUUCAGCCCUGACCAAAUGUAACAUGAUAUUGUUGUAAGAACAGAACAAAAACAGAGCGUCGUUUACAAAACAAAAAGACAGCAGUCUAGCGUAUAUAACUCGCCUAUAAAACUUCCUUGCUCUGAUAAAGUAUACAAAUGCUACAGCAGACCCGAAGACACAGACACAUGCCAAUGAUCAGGAAAGAGAAUGCGAAGCAUUGCUUACCAGCGCACGCAAGCUCACCUUGUGGUCACCAUGUUGAAGGUGGUGAAAAAUGGUUCAGCCCGAACACCUCUGACGUUAUGAUGAGCAUGUUUUAUGGAUACUAGACCAUGAAGGCGCGCGUUGCCGCGCCC